UCUCUUCUUUCUAGUCUUCCCUCCUUCCAAUAUUUCUAACCUCCCCUUCCUCUCUUUCUCUCUCUUUCUUUCUCUCUCUCUCUCUCAAAAAUCUCUCCUCACUCCUGUGUGCGGUGAAACAUCGUUUUACUGUACAUACUUCCCUGCCUGCGCGAGUGCAGUGCCGUAACACCACCAACUUAUCUUCUCUUUUAUUAUUUACCUUCACCAGGUACGCGAAAACUGAACGCAAAUGAGAAAAGACAACUUCCAGCAAUAUAUUCAAUUUGCAGCAUUUUUUUAACACACUUUUUCAUCAAUUGUUAAAAAAAAUGUGAUAUUUAAAAAUUAGAAAUUUCUUCUUUUUAAAUUUUUUGGGAAUUUUUUUUUAUAUAAAUAAACGAACAGUGACUUAAUAUAAAAGUGUAUAACAAUUGUGUCAUAAUACACGUGCUUGACUUUUUUUUUAAAGAAAAAAAAAUCGAUUUGUGUUUUAAGCGAUAAAAAAGGUGAAAGUGAACGAUAUUUAAAUCCAUGUGAUUUUUUUUAAAAAUAUUUUAUCAAAAAAAGAAGAGAUAUUUUUUAAAACUGAAAGUUUUUUUUUUAGAGAAAAUAGAAAUGGAAAAUCAAAAGUUUAAUAUGAGGAAAUAUCAAGUAAUUAGUGAUAUAAAAAGUGACAUUUUUUGGAGUACACAGUUGAUGACUUGAUGAUAUUUAAUAAAAUACUAUGGAAAAUUGUCAAGAAAAUAUUUUGGAGAACAACAAAUUAUAUGCAAAGGGAACAAAGAUGCAGUAAAUGAUGCCUAGUAAAGGAAAACCAAUAAACUUCGAUGAUGUAAUAAAGAAAGCAAAGUACAAACAGAAAAAGGAAAGAAGUGUAAAAAUUUCAUGGAAAUGGAACUCUGUAUGAAAUUUAAAAAUAAUGGGUUGAAGUUACCUGUUAUCUUGACUUGUUAUGAAUACAAUGGAAAAUACUAUUUUUGAAAAAGAAAUUUUUAAAUAAAGAACUUGUUCUGAAUGAAAUAAAAAAAAACUGUUUUCUCUACAGAAAAAAAUGGAAUCAAAAUCAGUUUUAAAAACAUUUAAUUUUUUUUAAUUAAUUAUUUUCUCAGUGCUUAUUUUUGUGAAUGAAAUGUUUUUAAAGAAUAUUUUCAACAAGAUGCAAUAACUGAAGAAAUUAAUAGAGAAUUUUUAAACAAUGGAUGUUUAUAAAAUUGAUCAAUCACUUACUGCCAAUUUGGGUAGUACUACAGCACCGGAUACUCUCAGUCCAGAAGUGACUUUCAAUACAGGAGGUGAAUUUAAUUUAAGUUUUUUUGAUGGACCUGAAGAAAAUAGUACACAAGGUUUUAGUGAUCCAGGUUCUGUUGGUAGUGCAAGCGUUUCACCACCACCAGUGAUUUCUGGUAGUACAGUUACAUCGACCACCAUAACAUUACCAACUGCUCAAUUACCAUCAGGAAUUGUCAUCAAACAAGAACAACAUUAUGCAGCUGCUGAUUCCAAUAGUUCAACGCCUGCCAAAAGUUUCGUUCCAUGUAAGGUCUGCGGUGAUAAAGCAAGUGGAUAUCACUAUGGCGUCACAAGUUGUGAGGGUUGUAAGGGUUUUUUUAGACGAAGUAUUCAAAAACAGAUAGAGUACAGAUGCUUAAGGGAUGGAAAAUGUUUGGUUAUAAGGCUAAAUCGAAAUCGCUGCCAAUAUUGCAGGUUCAAGAAAUGUCUAGCAGUUGGCAUGUCUAGAGACUCGGUAAGAUAUGGUCGUGUUCCGAAGAGAUCGCGAGAUCGAACGACUGAUGAUGUAGGAGCAGUACCACCAACAACGAUAACAACAGCAACAGCUACAACUACUACAACCACGACGACCUCACGUGUACAUCAACUCGCAUCCAGCAUUAAUUAUAAUUCAAACAAUAAUAAUAAUGACGAUGAUAAUGAUGACGAUAAUAAUAGUAGCAAUAAUAAUAAUAGCAGCAGCAGUAGUAGCAGCAGUAGUACUAGUAAUAACAAUAACAAUAUCCAAUGUCAGAAUACUGUUUCCCGUGUACCGCCUCCUACUAUCGUUGAAGCUGAUCAAUCGGACAUCGAUGAAAAGCAAUUGACGAUUUAUGAUGUUAUUCUUCGAGUUUCACAAGCUUAUCGUACUCAUUGCGUCUACACGGAGGAGUCUAUAAAAGAUUUAGUUCAAAAGCCUAUCAUAAUACCACCUUCAAGUCCAAAGGAUCCUGAAGUUGCGUCAUCAAUGGCGGAAACAGUGGAAUCACAAAGAAUUUGGUUGUGUCAACAGUUUGCAAAUAAAGUGAAAUUAUCGAUUGAAAAAAUUGUUGAAUUUGCAAAACAAGUACCUGGUUUUUCUGAUCUCCUACAAGACGAUCAGUUAAUUUUAAUAAAAUUGGGUUUCUUUGAAAUAUGGCUAAGUCAUAUUUCAAAAAUGACCACCAACAUCUCCAUGACUUUUGAAGAUGGUACUUACAUUACUAAGCAGCAAUUGGAAUUGAUAUACGAGCCCGAUUUCGUGUCAGACGUAUUGCAGUUUACUACAUUAUUAAAUGCUCAUAAGCUCACGGAUGAUGAAUUAGGUUUAUUUUCUGGUGCUAUUCUUCUUAGUGAGAGACCUGAAUUAAAUGAUUUGAAAGCAGUACAAAGGUCACAGGAUCGUUUACUUGAAGCUUUUAAUACACUAGUGUCAAGAAGUAAUUCAGUAACUAAUGAAAUCAAUGUUAAUGGAAUGAGUACAAGCAAUCCUAGCAUUUUACAAAGAAUACCCGAACUCAGAUCACUUGGUAUUCGACAUUCAAAUCUUCUUGAUUGGUAUAAAAAAAAUUGGACAAAACUCAAGUUACCAGGAUUAUUUGCUGAAAUUUUUGACAUUCCGAAAUGUGAAGAGGAUUUACAAUAAAACAAAAAAAAGAUUUCAUCUACAAAAAAUUGCUCAGUAUGGUGAAAAAAUGUUAUGCGAUGAUAAUCACUAGAAGUUAUAGCAAGUGGAAGGAAAAUACUUUAAAAGACAUUACAUUUAGUUCAAUUUCUACAAAACGAAACUUUUGCGAAAAUGUAUAUCGCGUAUUUAGAAAAUUUGAAUUUUCGAUCACAUCAAAUCCUAGUCGAAAUCAUUGGAAAAAAAGAAGAAAAAUGAAUUGUAUCGAAGAAAUUGUCAUCUACAUUGAGGUAUUUUCACGUUUUACUUUCAUAAAAGUGAAAGAACAAAAAACAUUUUCACUAUUUAACUAUUGGAAGGAUUUCCUGCCAACGGAUUGGUGCGGGCCCUAUAUAUUAGCAAAAAAAUGUAAUUUUCUACUCCAUUAUUCGAUUCUUAAAAAUCAUAUUUCAAUGAUGCAAUAUACAUACAAUUCCGUUACAUCGAAAACAGGACAAAAAAAAAUAAUGUAGAUUUCAUAUAAGAAAUGUUAAAAUUCCAUGAGAAUGAAAACUUCUUAAAAAGAAAGUUUUGUCAAAGGAAGUGAAUUGUACUACAUAAAAAAAGAUGGUUGAGAAUCUUGCCAAAAUUGUUUAACAAGUCAUUUAAAAAAGAAACAAAAAAAACUAAGAUUAUAUACUACACAGCAUAUAUUUAUUGAUAGCAAACAGAAAUUAAUAAAAAGUUGCGUAACACUAAUGUUCAAUGCUAUUUUAAAUAUAUAUGGAAAGGUAACUCUAUAUAUAUAAUGUUGGAGAAACAUCUUAGGUGACUGAAACAAAAAAUUGAUAAUUAGAAAAAUUAAAAAAUCACCACUUUUCAAGAAGCAAUAUUAUAAAAAAUAUUUUGGCUUUUUAGAUUUAAAGUUCAAAAAUCAUUUCUUAAAGGAUUCACAUUCUUUUUAAGAGAAGAAUUUUUUCGAUCGAUUUUAAAUUUUGUUUAAACUGAUAUUUUCAGAAAAAAUAUUUGAUGAGGCUGUUAUCACCGUGUGAAUAAAUUUAAUCUUCCGAAAGGUUAAAGGCAGUUUAUGGAUUUAUUUUAAAACUAGCAAACUGACCUCGUCUUGAUGGGUUUACAGUUUUUCUAUACCUUAAAGCAUCAUUAAUAAGAUCAAUUAUAUUUGAAUUUUCUACUGGUUUUCCAUCUAUAAUAACUUUACCACGCAAGUCCCAUUUUAUACGUUUACGUAUGCCGGGUCUACUGAUACUUUCUAAUAAAGAUUUGGCUUUUAAUUUAAAAGUUUUUGGUACAGUACCAAGGAUUUCCUCAUUACUCAUUAUUUUAUCUUCAUUAAAAUUAUCAUCACCAUCAUCUUCCUCAUUUUCAUUAGUAUCAAUUUCUUUAUCAUUGCUAUUAUUUAAUAUUUUUUUAGAUCUGAACGGUUUGCGUUUUAAAUUAAUAAAGAAUAAAUAUUUUUGUAAAAUUUGUUGCUACAUUUUCCAUUUUUCUCUUUCAUCUAUUAAAACUGGCGAAUAUAAUAUUUUAUUCAUUUCGCUGUCAAGGCGGCUCAUAAUAUUUCCAGGUGUUUGUAUUUUGGCAUUUCCAAUUUCAUUACUAUUAUUAAAAUUUUUAUUGUUUCCAUUAUUUAAUUGUAAAAAGUUAGACUGUUGUUGUUGUUCUUGUAUUUUAUGAACUUGUUCGCUGGGAAUUAAAACCAUUUUCUUUGCAUGUUCCAUAUUAGAAUUCAAUGAGAAAAAACAAAUGAGAGGUGAGAUGAGUUUUCUUGCAAUCCUUGUCUUCAAACGGUUGUUUCUAUACUAAUCAUUACUUGAGAAGAGGUUAGAGAUUAUACUACCAAUAAUAGGUGCAAGUAAAAGCGGUAGAAAUCCUCCACCUUUUUGAACAAUGUAACGUUUCUUUUGUUUCCAACUUCCACUAAAAUUUGCCAAUUUUCUUAAAUUUUUCCUGUGUUUUUUUAAUUUACGUUUUUCACAUUUUUUUAAAGAAAUAUUACCAGCCAAAACAUUAAGAGCACAUUUGCAAAUACACUUGAUUAGUUUAUAAUCCGCAGUGGAUAAAAUUGCUCGACGUUGAUUGGAAUUGAGAUGAUAUAAUGCAUGCAAAACGGCAGCAUUUUGUUUACUAAUAUGUUUACAAAGAACUCUAUUCAACGCCAUUAUAAUCGCACAACUGGUACUUGAUCUAUUGAUGUACCUCUUUUUAUAUUUUUCUUUGGUACAUAAACCUGAGGAAAACCAUCUGUAGGAAAAAUAUCAAUACGAAAACGAUAAUUAUCAGGCGUUGAUUGUUUUAAAUCUAAAAGUAGAUAACCAUGAGGUUUGGCAGUUGCAUCGUGAUAGGCUUCUUGAAGAAAACGUGAAUUUUAAAACAAUAUUUAUGCAAAAAAAUUUUAUGAAAUGCAAUAAAGUUAAAUAUUUUCGAUAAAUAUUGUUAUUAAAAUUUAUUUUAUUUAAAUGAACAAAAAUUUACGAAACAAAAAAUAUGUAUCUUUGGGAAUUUCUCAAGUUAAUCUAAAAUUACAACCUCAAUCUCUUCUCGGGAAAUAAUUUUUUCACGCUCUCCUCAAACAUAAGGCACAUGGUCAUUAUUUUUAAAAAUUCUUUCUUCUAUUAAGAAAAUUGAUGUAAUUAUAAAAAGAAAAUUUUUAAUAUUUUCUUUUACUAUAUAAAAAUGUUGUUCUAAUAAUAAAAUAUUUAAUUUUCAUUUUUAGAUUAAGUGUACGAAACUGAAUUCGUUAUAUUUACUAUUGAAGCGUUUAUAUAUUUCUCCAUGUCCCAUUUUCGGAGAAGAUGCACUAGUUCUUCAUUCAACAUUUUUGAAUUAUAAUUAAUAUUUACAUUUUUAUAUGUGCGUUAUAUUCUGCGUCUAUUCAGAAUGUUUCUAUACAGCUUCUGCGCAGACGCAGAAUAUAUUUACUGCCUUAAACCUAUCGGAAGAUUAAAUUUAUCCACACAGUGAAAACGGUCUCUAUCUAGAAAUCGUUUAUUGCAAAAUAAUUUAAAAAUUUUAAUUUUUAAAUAAAAAAGAAUUAUUUAUCUCUUAAAUAUAUUUAAUUUAUUAUUUACUUUUAAAUCUGCUAAAGAUGAAAAAAAAUUUCUUUUUAAAUUUAAUGUUUAUUUAAAAUUUAUUUUAUUAUUUUAAUUUUUAUGUGCAAUAUAAUAAAACUAAGAAUUCUUAUUUUAGUGAUAAAAUGCAUUUUCUUAAAUUGCA